UUCACAUCUUUACAAAACAUUCAUGGACCAAAAUCACAUGAAGAAGCAGAUUAACUCCGCCAGAAAUUCCCUCUUUCAACAGGGUUAUUUGGAUGAACAAUUCAUCCAACUUGAGGAUUUGCAAGAUGAUGCAAACCCUAAUUUUGUGGAAGAAAUCGUCACAUUGUUCUACUCCGAUUCAACAAGACUAAUUCGCAAUAUAGAGACCGCAUUGGAUAAUUACCCUCUGGAUUUUUGCAAGCUCGAUGAUUAUAUGCAUCAAUUCAAGGGUAGUAGCUCAAGCAUCGGCGCUAAAAAGGUGAAGGAUGAGUGCUCUCAGUUUCAAGAAUGUUGCAAAGCUAGGAAUACCGAAGGAUGCAUCGGGAUAUUUCGACAAGUGAAGCACGAGCACGCCACUCUAAAGCGAAAGCUUGAAACGUAUUUUCAGGUUUCUCCUUCAAACUCACUUGAAAACAGACAUACUUUACAAAGAAACACACAGUUGUGUGCAGCUGAUUGAGUUUGUUCAGACGAUUGAUGCUUAUUCACGAUAAUCACAUAAUUUUUAAGUUCAAGCAAACACUUUCUGAGCUCUAGUGAUUACAAAUGUAUAUGUAUAUUAUCUAUAGGUAGGGGGAGGAUCAAGCAGGAAUAGGUUCAAAAUGAGAAACACGAAAUCGGUCAAAAAUCACACGUGAUUUUGCAUAUAUCAUUACGGAUCACGGUCAGUGCAAGAGUGAGCAGAUGACUUGUCCGUGACCUGGUGAAUCACAUAUGAUUUACAGAUGAUUUUAGUGUAAAAUCAC